AUGGUAUUCAUAAAGAAUAUAAUACUUCUAGCGAUAGUAGGUGCAGUGUGUGCGCAUAAACCUAGUCAAAAAGGAAGUUCAGUCAACUACGUAAUAUUGCAUGACAAAAUACCAAAUCAACAUCAAUACAGUAGCAAUGACCAAGUGAAACAAUUACUUUCUACUCAGCAAGGUACCAAUGAACAAUACGUCAAAGAAAAAUAUUUGAUUGAACAAGGCAUCCAACAAUAUGCGCAUGCACUGCAGGAGAAACAACAAUACGAGCAUCAACAGCAACAGCUCAAUCAAGAGGUAACUCAAUACUUGACCAAUGGUGAAUACGCUCUACAACAACCAGCUAAUCAGCAAUAUACCAAAGAACAUUUUGUUAGUUUAAUACCUCGGCAAAAGGGCUUCUCAGUAAACUACGUAAUUUUGCAUGACACAUCUUCUACUCAAAAUCAAUACAGAAAUUAUCAGUUACAACAACAACAGGUUGCUCAACAACACGUCAGUCAACAAUAUUUGGAGCAAGAACAACCCGUUAAACAGUAUGCACAUACUCUUAACCAACAAAAACAAUUUGCUUACAAAAAAAACGCUGAUCCACAGUUCAUUCACCAGCAAAAUACUAUUCAGCAAUUUGUUCACCAACAAGAUGCCAGUCUGCAACCUAUUCAGCAGCAAGUUAAUAAUCAGCAAGUUGUUCCUCAACAAGAUCCUCAUCAACAAUUUGCCCAUCAAGAAGAAGCAUAUCAACAAUUUGUUCGCCAACAAGCAAUCACUCCACAAUUUGAUCAACAACGAGAAGCUCAUCAAGAACAAGCUGAACAAUAUGCACAUCAACAAUUAACAACUCAACAACAAGCGAAUCAAUAUUACUAUAGCCAAGAGUGCGAAAAUCAAUACGCAAGCCACAAUACACAUGCCAACCAAAUUUACGCUAGCCAAGAUCAUUCUAACCAAGUACAUUCAUAUGAAGCUCAAACUCAAGAUCAGACAAACUAUAUAGAACUCAAUAAAGUACAAGAAUCUCAAAGAUUUCAAAAACUAGAAAACCAAAGUAUCAAACAUGAAAAGGUCAAUGUAAAACAAAACACCGACAACCAUGGUCAAGACUACCACACAUAUCCCAAAUACACCUUUAACUAUGGUGUUACUGAUCAAGGCACGGGGGAUGUCAAGUCGCAACAUGAAUCCCGAGACGGAGACGUUGUCACAGGACAAUACUCUUUGGUGGAACCCGAUGGUUCGGUCCGCACAGUAAAAUAUACAGCUGAUGACUUCAAGGGAUUCAACGCCGUAGUUUCUAAAAAUGAAAACAGUCAGAAAAAUUGGUGA